GCAGCCGGCACCAUAGAGAGGGGUGGCUAGAGAGGAGCCCGCCCGCGCCGGGACUGUCUGGGCCGGGGGCCGGCGGCGGCGCGGGGGCCGGUGGCGGCGUUGCUAUGGCGACGGGGCGGCUGGUGCUGCGCGCGGGGCCGCGGCUGCUGCGGGAGCGACGGGAACGGGUAUCACAGUGCUUGAUCAGAAGAACGUUUUUUGGCUAUCCCCUGAGUAAAGCAGGCUCCGGGCUGGUCCAGCAGACUAAAGAUCUGUGUUUGAGGUUGUGCAGACCACGAAGUUCUACAACAGCUGCUGACACAUCUGGAGAGGAUGUUCUACUCAAAUGGGGCCUUCUCCUGGUCCCUCUGGCCACGUUCUGUCUCGGCACUUGGCAGGUUCAGCGACGCAAGUGGAAACUGGAUUUGAUUGCACAACUGGCAUCAAGAAUUACAUCAGAGCCCAUCCCUCUGACGUUAGACCCCAUGGAACUGAAGGAACUGGAGUACAGACCUGUAAAGGUCCGAGGGCAUUUUGACCACUCCAAGGAGCUCUACAUUUUGCCACGAUCACUUGUGGACCCUGAGCGAGAAGCCAGAGAAGCCGGGCGGCUGACAUCCCACCCAGAGAACGGAGCAAAUGUCGUUACUCCUUUCUACUGCACAGAACUAGGGGUCACGAUUUUAGUCAACCGAGGAUUUGUGCCCAAAAAGAAAUUGAAACCAGAGACCAGGCUGAAGGGACAGAUUGAGGAUGAAAUUGAUCUCACUGGUGUGGUGAGGUUAUCGGAAACCCGGAAACCUUUUGUGCCUGAAAAUAACAUUGAGAAAAACCGCUGGCACUACCGUGACCUGGAGGCGAUGGCCAAGGUGACUGGCGCUGAGCCCAUCUUUAUCGAUGCAGAUUUCAGAAGCACAGUCCCAGGGGGGCCCAUCGGGGGCCAGACAAGAGUCAGCCUGAGGAACGAGCACAUGCAGUACAUCAUCACCUGGUAUGGCUUAUGUGCUGCAACUUCAUUCUUGUGGUACAGAAAAUUUAUACAGAAGAUGCCUCUGUGAGGGGAAGGGCUGAUCUCUUCUGUCCUAUCAUCAAGAGCAGACUUUUGUGGAAGAGAGCACUCAGGUCAGUCCUGAGAAACUAAAGCACGCAGAGGUUCAGGGCAUGUUCAGUAAACGUGUGCAGCAAUCGAGCUACAACCAGACUUUAAGCAAGACACAGACUGAGCUCCUACCAGUGUGAUUUGGCUGCAGCUUGGAAGCACUGAACUUCAGAAUUGUUAAGUGGCUGUUGAGACUAAUGCAUAAAGCAGCUUCUCUAGACAUCUCAGGAUACAAUUUUUCUAUUGUGGGUGGUGGUUUUAAGUCCUCCACCACUGCAUUUUCCAAAAGACAGCAAGGGAUUUUGUGAAUCAAAUGCUUUACACUAAGUAGUCAUUUCUGAAGUCAGGAGUGGGUCACAGCAGUUGCGCCAGAAUAAAGAGAGUGUCUAUUGGCA